GCACUUCCGGGUUCGGCAAUAACCUGGAGCCGGCGGCCUUAGCUCGGCCUCGUUGGGCCUUGUUCCGAAGUUCAGCCUUCGCUCCGCUCUUUCUAGAAACCCAGGUUUGCUCUUGGCGGUGCCGGACAGGUAUUUCCCGGCCGCUGCGGGUACCCGCGGGAGAGUCCGCUGCACUGAAGCGGCGAGUCGUCUGCUCUGUGGAGGCUCGGAAGCUCCCUCCGGGAGCAGGAAAGCCAGUUCCUGGAGUCGCGGCCCCGGUGCUGACCUUCCAUCGCUCUUUUCCCUUUCCGAUUGCAGCGUCCCAGACGCGUGUGUGAGACCCCCAUGGCGGAUACGGCCCCGAACGGCCCCCAGGGGGCGGGUGCAGUGCAAUUCUUGAUGGCCAAUAAACUGGACACGGCAAUGUGGCUUUCUCGCUUGUUCACAGUUUACUGCUCUGCUUUGUUUGUUCUGCCUCUUCUUGGGUUGCAUGAAGCAGCAAGCUUUUACCAACGUGCUUUGCUGGCAAAUGCUCUGACUAGUGCUCUGAGGCUGCACCAAAGAUUACCACACUUCCAGUUAAGCAGAGCAUUCCUGGCCCAGGCUUUGUUAGAGGACAGCUGCCACUACCUGUUGUAUUCACUCAUCUUUGUCAAUUCCUACCCUGUUACAAUGAGUAUUUUCCCAGUCUUGUUAUUUUCUUUACUUCAUGCUGCCACAUACACGAAAAAGGUCCUUGAUGCAAAGGGUUCAAAUAGUUUACCUCUGCUGAGAUCUCUUUUGGAUAAAUUAAGCGCUAAUCAACAGAAUAUUCUGAAAUUCAUUGCUUGUAAUGAAAUAUUCUUGAUGCCUGCUACAGUUUUUAUGCUUUUUAGUGGUCAAGGAAGUUUGCUCCAGCCUUUUAUAUACUAUAGAUUCCUUACUCUUCGAUACUCCUCUCGAAGAAAUCCAUAUUGUCGGACCUUGUUUAAUGAACUGAGGAUUGUUGUUGAACAUCUAAUAAUGAAACCUGCUUGCCCACUGUUUGUGAGAAGACUUUGUCUCCAGAGCAUUGCCUUUAUAAGCAGACUGGCACCAACAGUUGCAUAGUUUAACAUCCAGCUAAGUUAUAUAUAAUAUAAAUAAGCAUUGUUAGCUGCUGGUACUUCUGCUAUGGAUGGUUAAUUCCAGGUGUAAAACUGACCUCAAUGCAAUUUACAUAAUUUACAUAAAUGCAUCUCGAAAGAAAAAUGAUCAUUUUCCUGGCAUGUUAAAUCAAGCCUUUUAAACACUUUCUGAGAAACUUUAUUGUAAUGUAUUGUUAAUAGUUAGGGAAGUUUGAAUCUUGUGAUAAAUGUAUCAGUUCUUUAGAUGCUGCUGUGCCUUUAUCAUGAAGUACAUUUAUUUCUCUGGUAAAAAUAGCUCUAAGAUUUGUUUUCAUCUAAUUGGUAACCUGAAUUUAUAUCUGGCAUGAGUUCAUUAUAGUAACAUUAACAUGUAAAUUCAGUAUAUUUUGAGAGAGUAUUCUUUUGCCAUUCAGUAAUUUUAGUUGAUGAUUUUAACACAAACACUUCCCACUGUAUUUAAUUUCAGAUUGCUUUUAAAUUGAUUUUGUGCUGCUUUGUUAGGACAGAUUUAUUUUGGAUGUACCAUUAUAAUAGGAAUUCUACAUGUAUCUUAUACUAUGACCUUCCAAAAUUUUAUUUUCAUAAUUACUUCUGUGGCUUUGAAUAUUUUUUUUAAAAAGGCCCAACUGAAAGCUUGUUAACCAAUUGGGUAAAUAUUUGUGGUCACCUAAGCGUUUUACAUCAGAGAGCAAUACAGUAGUCGGACAGUUUUCCUUUCACAGACCCAUUGAGUAACAUUUCCCAAAUAGGUAAUCCUUCUUUUAGAAAUGUGGACACAUAGGUUUUAGUAUUACUGUAGUUUAUACAGUUACUUAGAUCAGAUUCUUGACUGCCUGUUUUCUCGGUUUCUUAGGCUUGAUUUUCAUAGACAGUUGCAGCAAUUCAGAUGCCUUUGAAAGGAAUGUAACUGAAGAUUGAGCGCAUGACUAAACUUUGUAUCUGUUCUGAAAUAAUAACGAAGAUUAUACAUACUUACCCAUCAAAUCUGACUUAAAAGGUUAAAUAGAAAGGUUUAUAGGAAAGGUUAUUGCCUGGGAAUGGAGCCAGGGGAAGAGUUGUGGGGGAAAUAGUGCACAUUUUGGUGGUGUGACGCACAGCUGCAUUUGGGGGGAUUGGAUGUAUUAUGCAACUGUGAUUUGAGUUGUAUAAUAUGUUAAAUGUGUUCGUUGAGCUUCCAUUGAUUCCUUUUUAAAAUUCAUUCUGAUCUUUAUUGUUGCAUGAUUGGAAAUGUUUAAAACCUUGCAAAAUGUAAAUACAGAGUAAUGUAAUGGUUUUUCGUGACCAGUUUUCUUCUAUGUGCAUGUAACUUGGAUUUUUCCAGUAUACUCAGUGACUUAUCAGUAACAUCAGUUUUCUUUUUAUUCAACUUUUUGAUCUAUAGAAAUGUGAUACCUACUUGAUAGCUCAACUGUCACUAGCUAUUUUUGUAAUUCUGUAAUAUUUAUCUACUAAGUUAGAGAAGCCUCGUAAUAUACAGUUGAUUGUAGGGGUGGGGCAGUCUUACUAUCACUAUGUAUCACUAUCUGAUGGUUUUAAAAACUAAAUUUUCUAGAGCAAUAAAGUAAUUAUAAGGUUAA